AUGAUAAAGGAUUUGACAAGUGUUUCUGUUGCUAGUGCUGCAAAUGUAUCUGCUCAAGUGAACAAUAUCCCUAUGCUGAAUGGGACAAAUUUUAAGGUUUGGAAGGAAGCCAUAGAAAUUGUUCUCGGUUGUAUGGAUUUGGAUUUGGCACCGAGAAUAGAACGACCCACUUCCACUUCGGAAGCCUCCAAUGAGGGUGAAAAUGCAAAGAAAUUUAUUGAUGAAAUUAAACAGUACUUUGCCAAAAAUGAGAAGGCGAAGACGAGUAACCUGUUGGCUAAACUCAUCUCCAUGAAGUAUAAGGGCAAAAGUAAUAUAAGGGAGUACAUAAUGGAAAUGUCUAACUUGGCAUCUAAACUGAAAGCACUUAAGUUAGAGCUUGGUGAAGACCUGCUUGUGCAUUUAGUUUUGAUCUCACUUCCUGCACACUUUGGGCAAUUCAAAGUGAGUUAUAACACUUAG